AUGGCAAAAGAUCCAAAGAGAAACAAAAAUCGCGAGACAAAAACAGUAUGUAAAGCAGUGAUUAAAAAAAUUAACACGGUAAAGGAGAAGGAACGAAACGCGAGACAGGAAGCAGAAAAUGCACGACUAGCUCAAUUAAAUGCUCCACGAGAGCUGACGAAAGGAAUGAAACAAAGAACAACGGAUCCUGUCACUGAGGUUUAUGACAGUAUAACUAAGCUCAAAGAAUGGAGACGCUCUUUAUUGUCACCAGUUAAUCAGUCAAAAGAUCUUGGUUCGGGCUGCUCGUCAACUGAUCUGGCUUCGAGUCCAAAUGAGCUGGACAACAAUAGUCCAUGUAAUAAGUUAGCUUUUUUGGUUGUUGAGAAACUUCAUUAUAAUCGCACCAGUCAAAACAUUAAUGUUCCAACCGAGACAAAUAGUGUUCUCUUCACCUUCCUCGCGUUCUUCUGCACUCGGUCUUCGUGUUUGUUGUUUUAA